AUUUAAUGGCUCAUAAGUUAUCUUAAAAUUGGGUUUUAUGGUAUGCUCCUAGAGGUAGAAAGGCAAUAGCAGGAUCAGAUCAUUAUGAUGUGAAUUUAAAAGAGAUAGGAGAAUUUAAUACAAUAGAGGAAUUUUACAGUUAUUACUGUUUUUUAUAGCGACCAAGUGAAGUAAAAAGAUUAGUGAUAAAUAGAUAGAAAUCGAUAACAAAAUAAUGAUGUUUAGAAAAGGGCAUAAACCAAUGUGGGAAGAAUGUUUAGAUGGUGGAACUUGGAUUAUUCACUUUAAAAAGAGAGAAGGUGAAUUACUAAAUAAAAAAUGGGAAGCACUUCUGUUAGGUAAUUAAACUAAUCUUAUUUAAAGCAUGUAUUGGAGAAGAGUUUGAUGAUGAUAAUGUAAUAGGGGUAGUAUUAUCAAUUAGAGAGAGAAGAAAUUUAUUAGAGAUUUGGUUAAAAGAUAGGAAAGAAACUGAAAAAAUUAGAAUAGGAGAAAAGUUGAGACUUGCACUUGAAAUGGAUCCAAAUAAUCUCACAUUCUUUUUUAAGGAGCACAGUAAGAGUUUAAAUGUAUUUUUUCACUUAUGAUUAGGAUAAAUCAACAAUGAAAGGAGCUGAAUCAUAUACUUUUGUUAAAACUCCACUUGAAACACCUCAAGCUGAACCUAAAGUUCAUCAUCCAGAUCUAGAUUAAUUCAAGCUUUGA